AUGACUGACACGUGUCAGAACCUCAUGAAGUUGCCACCAAGCUUCUACCUUUUCCCUUCCCAACCUCCCUCGCUCUUCACCCCCGCUCACCCCAUCAUCAUCAACCCCCGCGCCCUUUCCCCCAGUGCCCCCUCUGCUCUGCUCAGUCGAUUCACCCUGCACGGCGUGAACACGUUUGUCUUCAUCCCAGCCCACCGCGUCAGCCCUCUCGACUUCGCACCCUCUCGACUUCGCAGUCAUUGGCCUCUCACACCGCUCUUGAUGCCCCCCUGCCCUUCCAAUGCCCCCGCUGCCCUCCCACAAAACCUGAACCCACUGCCAGGUCGAUUCACCCCUCACGGAGUCAACACGUUUGUCUUCAUCUCCGCCCACCGCGUUAGCCCUCUCGAUUUCGCAGUCAUAGGCCUUUCCGCCCGCGGGAUGCGCUCCCAGUGGCGCUCACCCCAAUCCAACGGCCCACAUUCGUCCGCGGAGCAGGGAGGGGAGGAGGACGAGAGCGGGGGGUGCGUGUGGGUGUCGUAUGAGGGGCCGCACACCAUCAAGGGCAGCCUGGAGUAUCUGUUUCCGGGCGACCAUGGGGGCAUGCCCUAUGAGACCAUUGUCAUCCGCUGCAACCUCGAUAAGCGCACCCCAGCUGACCCUGGCGGUGCUCUCUUCUACCACAUAUCAGGGAGGGACAUGCUGGUAUACCGAGAAGACGACCUCAGAACCCCUUCCUCUCUUGCUGCUGCUGCUGCCGUGGGGAAAGGGAAUUUGGAGGCGGAGGGGGCUGCUGCUGCCAAGCGGAUUCUCAACCCGCCGCGGCCGUUGCCACACCACAUCUCCUUCUGCUCGCUGCUCAUUGACCGCGAGCACACCCCAGCGCGAGUGCUAGAGCACAUGCAGUACCUGCUCUUCUUCGGAGCAGAUGACUUUAUCUUCUAUGAUGGAGGGGGGUUCACGAAUCGCCUGCAGGAUGCCGUGGCGAGGUUUACGGAAGCAUACAUGCUGCAGGUGGUGGACCUGCGGGGGCUAGCAGACCUGCCAGCGCAACACAACGUGAUAACAAUGAACGACUGUCUCUACCGCACUCGAUUCUCCUCCGACUGGGUCAUCUCACUCGCCUUUGACGAGCUGCCUCACGUCGUCGGCCCCUUCCGCCUCUCCACCCUCCUCGCCUACCAUGCCGGCCGCCCCUGGCUCUCCAUGGGCUCCUACUCCUGGCACAUCGAGCUGUGUCUGCCAAUCACAGGUAGGCACAUUGCCUCCCCAUUACAGCGCCCGACCACUGGCUACAGCAGCGCAUGGUGUUCAGAUCCGUCCACCCCACAUGCCAUCUCAACAGCACCCGCCUCACAGCCCUCUCCUGCCUCUGCUCUUUCUUCUCCCCACCUCCCCUGCGUCUUAACCGCAGCGCCCGACCACUGGCUACAGCAGCGCAUGCAGGCAUGCGGCGAGUUAUGUUCGAUCCUCGCCAGGUGCAAGCCAUGGCGGAGCAUUACUCUGCCAUUCCCUUCCGAGGGGGAGUGGAUCUAA